ACUUGCUUGCUCGCCCGCCCAAAGCGGCAAAGCGGUGACGCAAACUCGUUCCGCACGCAGGAAGGGAGGGAUAGCUAGCGAAGCUUUGUCCUAUUUAACGCGCGCCUCGCUCUCAACUCAAGGUCUCAUGGAUCCCACGAUGCCCACUCCACAUACUAUUUCGGGUACUUCCCCUUUUCCACGCAACAGCAGCACCGCGGCGGAGAUGAUCGUGACGGAGCAGGAGCACCUGCAGCCGCGGCACCGGAGGUCUAGGAAGAGGGACCGGCCGCCGCCAACGCCGCCGUCGGGUAACAUCAAGGCGGCGCCGGCGCCGCUACCGGAGGGGGGUGGCCAUGGCCACGAAGAGGAGGCGCGGGACGAAGACGUGGACAGGUUCUACGCGCUGCUCGACGAGGUCAGGGAGAUGAGGGAGCUGUGGCGGCGGAACGGUGAUUGUGUCGCGACCAAGCGGACGAGCGUGGAUGGUGGCCAGAAGAAGCAGGAUCGCCAGCAGCUGUGGCGGCCGACGUUUGUAAUGGAGGACUUCGCGUUCGAGUUGAAGGGAAGCCAAGUAGUCCAACCGGAGAAGAAGGUGGACAGCGCGCCUAAUCUCGAUCUUAGCUUGUCAAUGUGAUUUUUUUCUUUUCUUUUCUUUUCUUUUGUUGGGACUAGAGUACUGUAUCGAUUUUCUAUCAGGAGAAAGAAAUCAAGUUCAUACAGAUGAGUCUAUAUA